AUGUCGCUCUCAGCUUUGGGCACUCUUGUGGACAUCCAGAGCCCACCAUUAAUAACGAGUCCUGCGGCGGCGGUGCGCAAGGAUAAGCAAGGGAUUGCUUAUGCUCCAUCGGACCAUGAACUAGAAGGCCUUCAGCGACGCAGUCAACAGACCGCUGAUAUCUCCUCUCAGCAGACCCUGGGUUCGCAGACACCCGUGAGCCCUGGUGAGUUGGAGAGCCAUCCCACUUCGCCGGGAGAGGAAGCUGUGGACUCCAUUCCCGCAAUACAGAGUCCACCAAUGACUAAAUGGCGGCUGUUGAGUGCCUGCUUGAUGAACUUCGCCGGGGGAUUGAAUGACAGCGCACCUGGGGCCCUCAUCCCCUACAUGGAGAAAGACUACAAUAUUGGAUAUGCUAUCGUGUCGCUGAUCUUUGUAACGAAUGCGUUGGGAUUCAUUCUUGCUGCCCCUUUGGUUCAUGCGCUGGAAAUGAAGCUUGGCCGGUCGAAGACUUAUUCUUUGUCUACAAGCUUGAUAACCGCUGGUUAUGUCAUCAUCAUCUGCAAGCCACCCUUCCCUGCCGUCGUGGCCAGUUUCUUUCUAUUAGGCCUCGGCAUGGCCAUCAACCUAGCCUUGAAUAAUGUCUUUUGCGCGAACCUUGUGAAUAGCACUGCAGCCUUGGGUGGUCUCCAUGGUGCUUAUGGCUUGGGCGGCAUCAUAGCACCACUUGUGGCGACGGCUUUGGCAUCUCAUGGGGUCCAAUGGUCCUACUUCUACAGUAUCAACCUCGCCAUGUCGCUGAUCAACCUGGUGUUCUCCGCUUGGGCGUUCCAGAAAUAUGAAAAGGACUUCCCAACACAGUUAUUGACGGCGCUCCACCGUACCACUUCUCAGCAAACGCCUGGCCCAACCCAAGCGGCCAGACCACACCUUCUGAAGCAAGCACUGAAGAGUCGACCCACUCUCCUUGGGGCUCUAUUCAUCUUCGCCUACCAAGGGGCAGAAGUGUCGAUUUCCGGCUGGGUUGUCUCGUUCCUCAUCAGUUAUCGUCAUGGGGACCCCUCACGGGUUGGCUACGUUAGUGCCGGGUUCUGGGCUGGCAUUACUGUUGGACGGUUCGUCCUGUCGCAUCCCGCCCACCUAGUCGGGGAGAAGCUAUCCGUCAUCCUACUGGUGCUCGGAUCAGUUGCCUUCCAGCUCAUGACUUGGUUCAUUCCCAACAUCAUCGGGGACGCCGUGGCCGUGGCCGUAGUGGGCCUGCUACUGGGACCAGUGUAUCCUUGCGCCACGGUAGUGUUCAGCAAGCUACUGCCGCGCUCGAUGCAGACGUCCAGUCUGAGCAUUAUCAGUGCCAUGGGAAGCAGCGGGGGAGCUGUGUCGCCAUUCUUCACCGGGCUUCUAGCUCAAACGGUGAGCACGUACGUCUUGCAUCCGAUAUGCAUUGGACUGUACGGUGUAAUGCUCGUGGGGUGGCUGUCUCUUCCUCGUAUGUCGAAGAGAUCCGAGUAA